UAAAACCCUUUUUCUGUCUCUCCCCCACUCCCACCCAUCUCCACCGCCGUUAUCGUUUGCAGCAGCAGCAGCAGCAGCAGCAGCAGCAGCAGCAAUGGCUUCAGAGAGGAAGCAAUCGAAUCCAAUGAGAGAGAUUAAGGUUCAAAAACUCGUCCUCAAUAUCUCCGUCGGUGAGAGCGGAGAUCGUCUCACUCGCGCUGCCAAGGUUUUGGAGCAACUGAGUGGCCAGUCCCCCGUCUUUUCCAAGGCAAGGUACACCGUGAGGUCAUUUGGGAUCAGGCGUAAUGAGAAGAUCGCAUGCUAUGUGACCGUUAGGGGAGACAAGGCUAUGCAGCUUCUAGAGAGCGGGUUGAAGGUGAAGGAGUACGAGCUUCUAAGACGCAACUUUAGUGACACUGGCUGCUUUGGAUUUGGUAUUCAGGAACAUAUUGAUCUGGGUAUCAAGUACGAUCCAUCGACUGGUAUUUAUGGUAUGGAUUUCUUUGUGGUACUAGAACGGCCAGGUUAUCGUGUUGGUCGUAGGCGCAGGUGCAAGGCUCGUGUUGGUAUCCAACAUAGAGUUACAAAGGAGGAUUCAAUGAAGUGGUUUCAGGUGAAAUAUGAGGGAGUAAUUCUCAACAAAUCCCAGCAAAUUGGGGCAUAGCUAGUUUUUUUUUUGGUCAAUUCAGGUAACCGUUGAAUUUGUAUUGCACCCAAGUGAUUCAGAUCAUCUUAUUACUGUUGCUUUGUUUUGUUUGUAUCUGUUGAAUCAUCUUUAAUUAGCGAAGUCUUUUUGAGAUCUCU